UGUUGGGAACAAGCGUCGCGUUAGCGUCUUCAGUCUGCCGCAACCGUUCAUCUUCAGUGGUCGACGCUGUUUCCGUUCCGCUGCAACAGAUACAGAAUGAUUCAGUGGCGGUAAAAUUCAACAAACACUUUCAUCACAAUCAACCCACCCACCAAAAAGCAAAUCAGCAAAACGACCAUGGAGUUUGCACGCCGAGUGUCCGCUCGCUUUGAAACCAAAAGACUGCCCGAGGACGUCGACGAUGGCCUGGAGACACUGGAGGAGUACAAACAGCGCUGGCGCUCCGUACGCAUCAUCUACUUUACCAUGUUCCUGAUGGCGCUGGGCUUCAGCAUUAUUCUCACAGGCAUUUGGCCCUUCCUCAACAAGCUAGAUCCCGAAGCGGGCAAGGAGUUCAUGGGCCUUAUUGUGGCCGCUAAUCCGCUGGGGCAAAUGAUCUUCAGUCCCAUCUUUGGAUGGUGGGGCAACAGGUUGGGUAAGAUCCGCCUGCCCUUGCUUAUUUCGCUGGCUCUGUUCACCCUGGCCAGUGGGAUAUACUCCUCGCUGGAACUGCGUCCGGAUAACGUGAAGUACUGGAUGCUCUCCUCUCGGUUCCUCAUCGGGGUUAGCUCGGCGAAUAUUGCCCUGUGCCGGUCCUAUUUGUCGGCUGCCACGCGAAUCAGCGAACGCACCCAUGCCGUUUCGAUGGUGUCGCUGGCUCAGGUCCUGGGCUUCAUCAUCGGACCGACUCUGCAGGCGGCGGUCACUCCGCUUGGCGAACAGGGACACGUCUGGCUGUGGGGCAUGAUGCACUUCAACAUGUACACGGCAUCCGGAUGGAUUAAUGUGGUGAUGAGCAUUGGGAACUUCAUGAUGUUCCUGCCCGGCGUGUUUGAGGAGCAUAAAAUCGCAGCUCGCGAGGUGAUGGUAAUGCAGGGCGGCACCUCGGAGACAGAAACUUGGAAAGGCAUCAAGCCGAAUUAUUAUUCCGCCUGGACGUUGAUCAUCGCAUUCUUUGUUCUGGUAUUCAACUUUGUCUUGCUGGAAACAUUGGGCACAUCUCUGACGAUGGACAUGUUUGCUUGGUCCGACGAUGAGGCGCUGUGGUACAUGGGCAUAAUGAUGACCACAGCAGCUAUAGUCUCCCUGGUCACUUUUGUUUUGAUUGAGCCCAUGUGCAAGCUCUUUGCCGAACGCUACGUGCUCAUCUGGGGCGGUUUCUCGCUGAUGUUCCUCGGUCGAGUGCUCUUCGUGCCCUGGGGACCGGAUCCGCCCAAACUGGCGCAGCCCUUCAAUGCCAGCUUGAAUCUUAGCGAAAGCGAUCCCAUGUAUUUGGGUUGCCCGAUAGCGGAGCAAAAGUGGUGCGCUGAGCUGCCGGCAUUAACAUUGACGCAGUUCAUCAUUGGUUUUGCUUUCACCUCCGUGGGCUAUCCCAUUGGGGUGACCCUCAUCCAGACCAUCUUCUCAAAGGUUCUGGGUCCCCGACCGCAGGGCGUCUGGAUGGGCUGGAUGACCGGUUCAGGUUGUCUAUCGCGUGUCCUUGGUCCUAUUUUUGUGGGAUCUAUCUACACACGGCUGGGCACAUACUGGACCUUUGGUGUAACUUCAAUUAUGAUGCUCGUUUCAAUGUUUUGGCUUCAUUGCAGCAAUCGAUUGCUAAUCCCACCGACAUUCGAGAAGGCACCUGCGGAACUGCAGGAACUAAACCAGUCCAAUGGUGGCACAUUGGACGAUCACUCGCCCGAAGAGUCCGUCCGAAACGACAGGCAUCACUCCGCUUCGACCAAGAACGGCAGUUAUCACUCCUUAGCUCACGCGUAGUGGAUUAAGUUCCUCUACCUCUAAUACACUUUGUUGCUAUACUGCCCCUUAAGCUAGCUUUAAAAUACAUGUUUAUUUUUGCAUA